CAGUCCAACAUCUUUACAAUCCAUCCAACCAACCACCACUCAUUCAAAAUGCACCUCACCACCACCCUCUCCUUCGCCCUCCCCCAAGCCACUUACGGCACCUACACCCCCAAGACUUACACCACCUCCACCACCUCCACCACCCCCAGCACUUAUUACUGGACCGUCACAAACUGGCACGUCGACUGCGCAAGAUCAGGUUGCACUUACAAUUUCAAUGUAACCGGUCCCAUCUCCGCGCCGAACCCAAGUUUCCUCGCCUACUGCUACGGCUCAGACACAGGCUACUAUGCGCAAUGCAAGGUUCUGCAGUACACUGCAACCGCGUCGGGAGCGCCGUCUGUAGCGGCGAGUUUGAGACCAAACACGGGGGAUCAAAUUGCGGUGGUGUCGGUCAGUUUGGCGUUUGUGGAAUCUGAUACUGGGGUCGCCAGGAAUAUCACCGGCUACCAAAAUGCUCAGUACAAUGGUUUUGUUGCGCCGUUGCAGAGUUUCACGAUUGUGCCGAGUGGGAAUGUCGGUGUUGCUUGAGUAAGGAGAUAGGAAGGGGUGGGAUGGGAUGGAGAGGGGGUUGAUGCAUGCAUAACGCAUGCAGCGAUCCUUUCGACCAUAAACACUUUCCUUAGCGCCAUGGGAAUAGCCGCCGCUAGCCGUUUCCACCCGCUCGGUCUACUUUUCAGAGGUCGCGCGGGUUUUGCCGACACCGACUUGCAGCACUUAGCUCUUCGACUAGGCUUCAACCCACUUAAUUAUGCAUCACCACAUUCUAUUAUAAUACAAUAGUAACAAUUUCAGAUUUACAGAAUUCGAUGCGUCGAUAUUUCUGGUGCAGGAACCAAUACAUUUGGAUCGCUGUGGAGUGUACAUUAAUUCGUGGAAGUAUCCAACUCGAAUGCUAACAUGCUGACAAGUCCGCGCUAACGAAAGGGUGUAUGGUCGAAAGGAUGGCUGCAUACGUUAGUGCUGGCGAGAAGUAGCUGCAUGUGGUAGAUAAAUACUUCGAAUGCUCUCUCUCUGAGACUCUCACGC